GAUAAAUCUGCAAGGGACUUUGUUCGAAGUGCCCUUCCUAUCCAGUCUGCACUCUAUACUAGCAGGUAAACUCGUUUCUCUCCAAAGAAUUGGGUAUGGCGAGCAGCGGGAGUUUACGAAUGAUAGACAUUGCCGUCAACUUCACAGAUGGAAUGUUUAGAGGAAUUUACAACGGGAAACAAUAUCACGCAGCUGAUAUCGCCGCUGUUCUUAGUAGGGCUUGGAGCGCCGGAGUCGAUCGGAUUAUUGUGACAGGGGGAUCCCUUGAGGAGUCGAAAGAAGCUCUUGCUAUUGCUGAAACUGAUGCAAGACUUUUCUGCACAGUCGGUGUACAUCCAACAAGAUGUAAAGAAUUUGAUGAUAGUGGUGAUUCAGAGAGACAUUUUCAGGCUCUUUUGUCGCUGGCUAGAGAGGGAGUUGAUAAGGGAAAGGUGGUGGCAGUUGGAGAAUGUGGAUUGGAUUAUGAUAGGCUUCAGUUCUGCCCAGCCGAAAUUCAACAAAAGUACUUCGAGAAGCAAUUUGAGUUGGCACAUGCUAUGAAGUUGCCAAUGUUUCUCCACAUGCGAGCAGCUGCUGAGGAUUUCUGCAAUAUUCUUGAGCGAAACAAACAUAGAUUCUUCUCUGGGGUUGCUCACUCUUUUACCGGUAGUGCUGAAGAUCGUGAUCGUCUACUUUCAUUCGAUAAUCUAUUCAUAGGCCUCAACGGUUGCUCCCUGAGAACAGCCGAGAAUCUUGAAAUUGUGAAAGGAAUUCCUCUUGACCGACUGAUGAUUGAAACUGAUUCGCCAUACUGUGAAAUCAAGAAUACACAUGCUGGUAUUAAAUAUGUACAAUCUUCUUGGCAGUCCAAGAAGAAGGAGAAGUAUGACCCAGAGUGCAUAGUCAAAGGUCGCAAUGAACCUUGCUUAGUGCGGCAAGUGCUUGAGGUGGUGGCUGGUUGUAAAGGUAUUGCAGAUAUUGGUCAGCUUGGAAAAACAAUGUACCACAACACCUGCAGGGUUUUCUUUCCACAAGAUUUGGAUUCGGCCGCGGAUGCUAUUCUUGCCUCUGGUCAGAAUAUUUCUUGAAGAUUAUCAUUGGUUCUCGACGAAAAUGAACCAACAGGUGUUCAAUCAGCGAAAUGAAGGAAUGCAGCUUUAUCUCAUAUGCAGUGUAGAGAAGGGCAACUGGAACCCGAUGUUCACAAAUAUGUACUCCUUGUUCUGUUAAUCUAUGCAGACAUAAGAUAAGUUUUUUCCUUUUCAUUUUUUUCCCGCCAAACACGAAAUAAUCAAUUUGAUUUUCUCGUGAAGAAAAUUGGAAUUUGAGGUGGAUGUGGAUGCAAUUUUAUAUCCAGAGAGAUACUUUUUGCACUUAA